UAUGUUGUCUUUCCACCAGCUCACCGAACGGCCAUUUCAUUUGCGUUGAAGCUAAAUGGUCACCCUUUCCACCCAAGUCAUACUAGCGACAGCCUAACGCAACAAACAAACGCACACCUGCAGGGACGCAUGAUGUCGGUGAGAUAUGCGCGUGCACUGAGACAAUAAGAACAUGGUUCAUCUCGGAGUCUAGAGAUGGCAGUGGAGAUGGACCAUGGGCAGGGCAGCCCUAAAUCUGACUCUUCUCGAGCACUCCCCGCCCUCCAGCUCACCCUCAACUCCUCCUUGACCACCUACUACGGCUAUGAGAAGUUUAUUGAGGAUGGCCUUAUCUGCCUUAAGCACAAGAUCCGCAACAUUGAGAAAAAGAAGCUGAAACUGGAGGGAUAUAAUGAGAGGCUGAAGAACGGUGAAACCCUAAAUCAAGACCAACUGGAAGCUGUGGGGAAAUACGAGGAGGUGGUCCACAAUCUUAAAUUUGCUCAAGAGCUGCAGAAAACCCUUGGUGCCCUCACACAAGAUUUGCUGAAGGCUCAGCGGAAAGCAGUUUGUCAAGAGAAGUUGAAUAGGUUUGAGGCAGAGAGGAGACGUCUGAGCCUGAUGCUUCAGGUCCAGUAUGUCCUCCACAGUCUGCAGAGAGAGGAUGUCCAGAGAAAAUUUAGCAAUUCGAGACAACAUUCCCAUUACCUGUCCACACAGGACAUUGAGAACCUGCUUGAUCUGGCUUCAUUACUAGGAUGCAAAAGAGACCAUAGAAUGAGUUUAGACGAUCAGAUGGAACAGGCUGCUAUUGUUUACUGGGAGCUGAUGGAAGGGAAAGAAAAGACUGUUGCUGGCUCGACAUAUAAGCACAUGAAGGAUAAGCUUCUUCGACUAGUAGACUGUGGCUUCUUUGAUCACAUAUCACUUCCUCAAAAUAAUAACCAGGAGAAGACCGAAAACCAAAAGUCUGACCCUCCAUCCAGGUCAUGUAGCCUUUCCACACCGGUGAAACGGAGCGCAAAAGAAGUGCCUUCAAAAGAGUUUCUUAACAGACGAUACCUACCUGAAAUUGGUGUCAAGGGGUGUAGUCCGGAUGAGAAAACGGCACAUCACAACUGGAAGGAUGAGUUUUUGGCAAUGAAGGAAAGGGAGCCUCCGGACUCAUGGGAAAUUGAGUUUUCCGAUCCUCCAGUGUCUCCCAUACAGAAGCCGUGGAAAGGGGUGGCUGGAUUGAUUCCGAAGACUCAAGAUCCCAUGAAGAGCCACACAACAGACCCUAAAGAGAAACGACAGGGGAAGAGCAAGGGGGAUCAUGACUCCAAAUCGAUUCUUGUGGCAGUGGAAGUGUUCAGCUCUCCAUCUCUGUUACCUAAAGAUCCAGUUCAGCGCAAACAGCAGCUGGAGUCCCUGAUGGACCAGAUCUCUGGCUCCUUCAGCUUCAUGCAGGAGUCUCUUCUGGAUGAGGAAACGUCCCCUAGUAGCAUUCGAUCAAAGAAAUGCCGUCCGUAUCCUGGGUCCUCUACUCCCCUUGCACAAAGGGAAUUAACAAGUCCAUCAGAUAUUCCUGCUCAGUCCCAACAUUCUACUCCCUUACACAUCCUGCUCUCUGGUGAAGGGAAAGACAGUCUGUCAAAUGGAGAUGGUUCUAUGAAUGGCUCUGACCUUGAUCUACACCAUGAAGAUGAACCACAUAAGCAAGGUGAGGGCUUCACCUCUCCACCUUUGUACCGAAGGGGAUCUUCAAUCUCACUCCCUCUAGAAAACCUGAGCUCUGUACAGGCAGAAAAGCAAAAGUUAUGCAUUGGAUUGUCAACCUCUGUGUCUGAGCAGACAUUUACAACCCCACCCAGUCACCGAUCCAUCAGUGUAGAAAACGGCUUCCACAACAUCCACUCUGUGUUUAAUGUGGCCUCACUGCCCAUCAGUGAGAGUUCAGUGAUUAAUUCCGAUGAGAGUGGGUUCUCUGAGUCCAUGCAUCUCAGUUACACUUCAGCCAAAACCAGUUUCUCCACCACCAGCACCCAGACACCACCUGAAAUCAACCUGCCUGUAGAUGACCUACAGAUUGAGGGCCAAUACCAGCUGGAGUAUCCUGUCAGUGCAGGUGGUCACAUAUUCUCUGCGCCACAGUCUCGUCUGGGUCAGACCUGCUACCCCCGCAGGACAGCGAGAGGUAUGACUCGUGCAGGCAGGGGUUUGAUUCACUCACACAGAUCACCUGGUGGCCACAGAGGUGGUUACGAGGCCUACAGAGUGAAUACGUGCUCUCCAGAAUGGGGCUUCAUGUCCCAGACCCAUACGACUCACCGAGACCCUGGAUCUGCUCUUUACAUGUCCAGAGAAAAUGGGCAUCGGCAGAACUUCAAACGAGGUGGAGUCACAGCAACACAAAGGAACAGUGCCGGUUGGAGUGACUCCUCACAAUUAAGCAGCCCGGACAGGGAGGGUGUGUAUCCACUCUGCUCUGGAAUCAGUGAUGCACUCUCCAUCACGCAAAUGGAAGUCCCCAUGACCCCCCAGGGAGCACACACUCUGAUGCCCAUUCACGUGUACCCACUCACCCAGCUCCGCGUGGCCUUCUCCGCUGCCCGCACUGCCAAUUUCACCCCUGGCACUCUGGAUCAGCCAAUCGCCUUCGACCUAAUGCACACAAACCACGGUGAAAUGUUCAACACAGCCACCGGCCGUUUCACCUGCCCUGCUGCGGGCACGUAUGUCUUCAUUUAUCACAUCCUAAAGCUGGCAAUCAGUGUGCCUCUCUACGUCAACCUCAUGCGCAAUGAAGAGGUGAUGGUGUCUGCGUACGCCAAUGAUGGAGCUCCAGACCACGAGAUCGCCAGUAACCAUGCAAUACUCCAGUUGUUCCAGGGAGACCAGGUGUGGCUGCGGCUACAUCGUGGUGCCAUCUAUGGCAGCAGCUGGAAAUACAGCACCUUCUCUGGUUUCCUUCUGUACCAGGACUGAACAUCUGUCCUAUUAUAUAGGCACACAAAAAGAUGGGGCAUUUUGGAUCUAUUGAAGGCUGUAGUUAAUCUGCACUUAUUGCACUUUUGGUUACAUAUGUGCAUGUUUAAAUGUACAAAGUCAUGUUCAUAUUAAUGUAAAAUCUUUGCUCUUGGAUGUUUACAUGGGUUUACCCAAAUCUUCCCACAUUUUUUUUUCUCUUUAAAACAUAUUUAAAAAGCUUUACUAUACAAGAUGCGAACACGCGCGCACACACGUUACCCAAAGGAGCUUUAUUGUGCGUACGCCAAAUUGAAAAAAUUUUAACAUUCAGAAAUGAAUGUGGUGUUCGUUCCUGUGUUCACUACAUGACCCUGUAUGCUUGAUCAUUAUAGAUGAAAAAUGUUUCCCAGCCAUACAAAUGUCUGCAACUGGUGCCUUUUCCUUUUUUGGGGUAACCGAACACUUGCAUCGCUUUGCAAGAAUGGAGGAUUUUUUUUUUUCUGGUUAUACUUGACAUGUUGAGCACUUUGAAAAUUGGAUUUAGUGGCCUUGUUGGGAUUUGGUUACGUUUGCCGGUGUAUAUACACUGUGUCCUCAUUCUGAAAAUCACUUGAAUGUUGAUGCCAA